ACAUCUAUAUUUCCGGUGGAAAAAAUGGAACGUUUAUAGAAAACGUUUGUAAAUAUGCAGAGAGACGGAAAACAACUGGAGGCGUCCUUGGACAACUUAAUUCCCAAAGUCCAAGACAUUAAAAAUUCCAUUGGGACGUUCCUUAUGAAACUAGAAAAUGAAUAUACCACCAUGACAUGGCCAUCAGUCCUGGAUAACUUUGCCCUGUUGUCUGGUCAGCUGAACUCCCUGGGCAGGCUGUUGAAGAGUGAACGGAUGCCAGCAUUAAGGAAUUAUGUUUUCUUACCCUUGGAAUUGAACCCUGAGAGAGAUGUUGAGCUAGAGAAACAAACGGAAGGACGAGUCUUGGCAUUCAACCAUGAAGUUGUGCCAGACUAUCUGAGAACCAAACCUGAGCCAGAAGUGGAAGAGAAGGUGCAGCAGCUAUUUACCAAAGCUGGCACAGUGGCCCAGGAUAACACACAGGUAUUAAACCCUGACCGUUCAUUUGUGCCACAGAACAAGAGACAACUAAAUGCAUUGACAAAAAUCACUAGCAAUAUCUUAGACAUCAUCAACUCGGCAAGGGAAGACUGGGAGAACGAGACAAGUAAGAAGAGUAACCCCUCCCCCACGGCAAAUAUGAGUGACACCAAUGUCCUCAUAGCUGCCACAUGUUUCGGGAAAGGACUGAAGCAGCUACGCCGGCCAGACAUCAACACGCAGCAGCAGAUCACUGUGGCUCAGCAACAGGCCAUGCAGCAGAAAAGCCAACACGGAAAUGCCUUGAAGGCGCCCAGUACAAUCAAAACAAACAUCAAAUCAGCAUCCUCCAACCAUCCUUACCAAAGGCCUUGAUUCAAAAAUGUGGAGGAUUAGUUAUAGAAAUGGUAGUGCACCCAAAGGUGGUAACCUAAAAGUAAAGCUGACCUCCAACAUGAAUAAUGAAGUAGAAGAUAAGGCAGCUGAUGGUUGUUUGCCUGAUAGAAGUUUGUUUUUGACAUUCAAGUCCGGGACACAAUGCUUCGAAGUUGACACAACUUGAAUGUAAUCAUCUCUGCAUGGCUGGCAAUAGGGCCCAUUUCACUGCAUUUUUUCAGAAUCUCAUGCUGUCUUGAGCUAGUAAGCAGAAUAGGCUGUAUUGCAGGUUCACUCUUCAGCAAGACAAACUAACAGGGCCAGAACACCAUUUUACAGGAGUAGGUAGAUUGAAUAUACAUCUAUGCCAGGGGCCAGUGAGUGUCCCACAAAUAAGCUUAAAAUGCACUAAAUUUGCCAGAUUGUGCGUGAUUUGCCAAAGGAAAUGAACAAUGCUUUAUAAAUAUGGAUAAAGACCAAUCAUGAGUGUUUUUCUCUUGGGCAGUAAAGAAAUCCAGGUAUGUCACACUAGAAAGAGUGCUCUUGCUUAAUAAACAUGAAUAUGUAGUACUUCAAAGCAGUGACGUCGUGGGUAUGCAGAUUGGCCAAUGCCAUGAUAACUGUGUCAAGAGACCUUCCUUCACAACACGUGUAGAGCUAUUCCAAAACCAAUCAGAAUGUGGCGUUGUAGUAUGAACUGUUUGAAGCCUACAAAAUACAAGGUAACUCGACACAUGCGUGGUAUUUUUGCAUGUAAAUGUGCAAUACAUCAUAUGCAGACACCACUGGAAAGAUGUAUACGUCCUGCGGCAAAUGAUGAAAGUAUUUGCAGGAUGAAUGUGUAAAUAUUCACAUGAAUAAAUUAUUACCAUGUAAAUGAGAUUUUCACACAUUUUCAUGGUAUUGGCUUGCAAUGUGUUUUGUUAUGUUAAGAUUAAAGCGUUCAGAAAUACCAGUCCUUCAAGUGUAUUAAAAGUGAAAUCUACUGGAACUAUACCAGUCUAGGCUCAGCUGCAAAAACGCUUCAGAACAAACAAGUGU